AUUCAGAUGACAUCAAAGCGGAGGUCUUCGCAUCUGCCCAAGUUACUAGCUCAAGUAGAAGGUGGAAGUAUUCGAACAGAGGCAAUCGACCCACUACUGUCUUUGGUGGUCGGUGGCAAGUUUGAUAUUCAGAAAAAAUAUCUGAUACAAGAUGCAGGAGGUCUGCAAAUAAUCAUUGAUGCGGUAGACCAUUGCUCAUCAGAUGUACAGGCUCAGAUAUGGAGUGUACUCGCCGAACUUCUUACCAAGAGUGUUCAUAACGUUGAUGAAUUUGUGAGGAGUGGCUUGACAGGGAAAGUACUGGACAAGCUGAUUGCAUGUCAAGAUGACAAUGUAGCUGGGAAGAUUGCAGUAGUUCUAGGUUUAUUAAUGAAGCAUAAUAUAACAGUCAAAGAACUGAAGUCACUCAUUACUGCUCUGAAAGGGCGAGAGGGCAAAUUUUGGCCUCGACAUGCGCACCUUCUUAUCUCUGUGUUACAAACGUUACCUCAUUCUCAUGUUCCAGACGCAUUCUUUCACUUUAAUGGAAGCGAUGGAGCUGCAAUAACUUUGCCACCUCUUGCACGUUGGCCAGGAACAUCAGGCUUCACGAUCUCGAUGUGGGUUCGCAUGGAACCAAAUCCGGAAGCGGAUAUGUCAGCAAGUCGUCCGGUCCUUUACUGGUUUAGAACAGGAAAGGGUCUUGGUUACUCUGCAUACUUUUCUGGAUUCACUUUGAUUUUGGAAUCAGCUAGCAAGACAAACAAAAAGCUUCAAUUUCAUCAAGUAGAGAAGCAGCUUCUACCAUAUCAAUGGUACAUGGUCACCAUUGUGUACAUCUACCAUCGCAUUGUGUCUAGUGAAGCUCACUGUUAUGUCAACGGUCAGUUUGCGUCUGCAGGAGAGCUGACAUUUGUCAGUGUGAAAGAUCCUUUUGACAAGUGUUUCUUGGGAACGUCUCCGGGAGCAACUCGCGAUGAUGUAUUCUGUGGUCAAAUGUCGACCGUUUAUCUCUUUCAAGAGCCACUAACGGAAGCAACUAUUGCUGCUCUGUUCAAGUUAGGCCCAAGCUAUCGAAGCCAUUUUAAGUAUAGUGCAGAGAGUGAUGUCCCCAUGACUGCUCAAGAGAAGAAGCUGUUGUAUGAUAGUCGUCUGUCAUCAUCGAUUGUGUUUAUGUACAACCCGAUGGCGUGUGAUGGACAGUUGUGUCUGGAGGCUUCACCAACAGAGAAUCCAUCAUUCUUUGUACACUCACCUCAUGCUACCAUGCUAGAGGGAGUUCGUCCAGUUGUAACUCAGUCAAUUGACAGUGCUCUUCAUUCCAUUGGUGGAGUUCAGGCAAUUUUUCCCUUGUUUUCUCAAUUGGACUUUUUGCACAUGACAUCAUCGGAUGAACGGAAGUGUAACUAUGGAGUUUGUGCUACUCUUUGGUCAUUAGUUUGUGAUCGCCUAUCUAAUUCUGUGACUCACCAGCAACAAAUGGUUCAGAAUCGGGGAUUCUUGCUUAUCAGUCAUUUACUGCAAAAGGUUUCUCCACAACAUUUGACAGAAGAAGUACUUGAUCUUCUUCUCAACUUUGCCAGGCAUCUAAUACUAACACCGAGUCGAGCAGCUCUGCUUCAAGAUCUUCUGCAUCAUAUCUUUUUUAAUCCUGAUUUGUGGAUUCAUACAGAAGCAAAGAUUCAGAUAAAGCUGCUGAGCUCUCUUGUGACAGAGUUUGUUGUGCCAACUGCAAAGGAAAUGUUGGAACAGUCAUAUCAUGUAGUUAAUGUUCGGCAGCAAAUAGGAGUGCCACGAUUAAUGUAUAUAUUAAAGCACUACUACUGGAUCAAACUGCCACCGGGAGCAGCUAAGGGCUUGGGUGUACGACCAAGCAGUGACGAGAUGCAGUUUCUGAGAUCAUUUUUGUUGCUGAUUGUGAAGUACUUAGUCUCAGAGGGAAAAGGAAUAACUGUAGAAGAAAUGGUCAGUCUACUUCGUUUUGUUACAACUGUUCACGAGGAAGAGAGUCUUUUAGAUGUUCUACAGUUAUUGCUUUCACUGGCUACAGAGAAAGCUGAUCAAUUUGUGCCUGUUUUUGAUCAAAGCAAAGGAAUGAGGGCUUUGUUUGCUCUUUUUGAAUCAGAGAAUGAAGAAGUUUGGAUUUUUUCAUUAAAGCUGCUAGGAAUAUAUCUCCAUCAUUUACCAACUAAGUACGCCAAUGAAAUAACUGAAGAAUACAGCAUAUUCCGAAUGAUUGCCAAGAAGAUGGCUGCCCACAGAAUGCCAAUAUCAGUUUCUAUAUAUAACGCAUUGUAUGAGGUGAUGAUUGAUAAAGUUUCAAACAAGAUCACAAAAGUUCGUCGUAAAGAUGCAGAGCCUGAUGUGACAAUUCGAUGGCCAGCGGUUAUUCCUGCAAUAGUUCAGUUGCUGUUGUGGAGGAAAGAUGAUGUUGGUGGUGAGAAUGUGAGAACUCAAUCACCAGAAAGCUCUGCCUCUGACUGUGAAGACAGUGGUUCUCGACUAAGUCUUUGUGAAAAGAUAAGUCUACUGCUAUUGACAGACUUGACCUUGUUAACAGCUAAUCACAACAACUGCAGAGUGUUGAUGUCUCGAAUGGGUUGGCAAAAGUGGCUUGUGUGUGUAGGGGAGAUAGCUUGCAGAGUUGAAGGAAUUGAUGGCAAAUUGUCUCAACUUGCUUUUGGUGUAUUUCAAAACGUUAUCUCAUAUGCUGUUUAUUGUGAAAGAGAAGGCUGGCGUGUGUGGGCAGAAACCAUAGCUUUAAUCAAUGUGCAGCUGAAUGACGAGCAGCAGCAGAGAGAAUUUCGUGAACGGCUACAAAGGAUGGCAAGCCAGUCUCCAGAAGUAACACGUAGUGGAUCUUUGCAAGCUUCACAAACAGCAAUGGAGGUGACUAUUGAACACACUGUAGUAGAAUGCGCUGAGAUGUUUCAAGAUCAGACUGAUGGAGAAGCUGCAACAGAUGAUUUAAACAGCAAGACAUCUACUCUAUGUACAGAGGAAAGUUCAACGCAUAAUGGGGAACCGCCAAUCAGUAGUGGUGAAAAAUUUCUUAGUGUUGAAGAAAAGAAAGAAUUUAAUGAAGAUGGAGGAGACUUUGUUUCUGCAACAGACAAGAGAGACAAACUACGAAAGAGCAGCUCACCAGUUUUUUCAGAUUCGGUCCCUCUUGUGAGUGGUCAGGGCUUUGUGCCAUCACCCACAUUUCCUUUUACAUCAAGAUCUCUCAGCAACACAUCAACUAGUGGGGUAGCUAGCUAUCGAUUCUCGUGGUCACCAAUUCAUCAGCAACUUUUAAGCAAUUUACUAGGCUACAUUCUUGCACAUUUAGAAAGCUGGAAACAGACAAGUGAAAAAUCAAUGACUGAAUUUGCCGUUGAGAAGGAGAAUGCCUUUUUUGUGUCAAACAUUGCUCACGUGUUGUCUCUGACUGCAGACAACAUGAUUGUUGCAGCUGGAGGCAUCGACAAGUUUAUGCAGAGAGCAUCAGUGGAUCAACGGAGUUAUAGUUUCGACGUUUCAGGAUCUGCAGUUUCAGAGGAAUCAGCUCUUGCGUUUAUUGCCCAAAUGAUGAAGAUUGGUAAUCUUCUAGUUUUUGGCACGAUAAUGGAUUUUUCAAAUGUUGAAGCUGCUCGCAAGAUGGUGUCAGGAGGAAUUGUUCGACAAUGUAUGCGUUUAUUGUUGUGUCAUGCUGCAAGUGAAGCGUCUGCCAAUAGUAGAUACAUUAAAGGAACGUUUUCAGCAGAGAAAGACGUGCUAUCUGAGCUGGAUGCUCAGGUAAGUGCUUUACUGGGAGAGUUUGGACAGGGAAGUGAUCAGAUGGGUCAGUAUAUGAGACAAGUCCUCCAAGAUCGUGUAAAGCAGCUAUACAAUAGCCAGUCAAUUUUAUCUCUCGAUCAUGUGAAUAUGAUUACAGCUGCACUUCACAGGGAAAAGGAAUCAUCAGAGAUACUAAAUACAUUAGCAAUGAUUGUUCUACACUUUGUUGCUGAGUUGACCGUCACAUCCUAUAGUCAUCUUGUAUCCGUUCAUGAAUCUCCAAUGCCAUCUCCUGUUGCUGAUCGUGUAGUCAAACACAUGGUAGAGGAGCAAAUGAUGGGCGGCAUGUCACCAUGGAGAACAAGAAGAUCAAGAAGUUCAACGGGUGAUACUCCAGGUCUGAAAAAGUUGAAAAGUCUUAUUCCAGACAAGCUGUCAUUGUCACUGGGGAAGAAGGAGGAGUUAUCACCAUCACCUGUCAGUCCACAUGCUCCUGAAGUGAAAAAGGUAGUUGGAGGGGAGCCAGCUACACAAGAACAAACUGUUGAUGUGGCCGAAGAAAUGAAAGCGUUGCUAGUACAUGUAACACCUUUGCUUUCAAGACUAUUUACAGAGUUCAAACCAUUUUUUACAAAGACACUUUGUGGGAGUCAGGACCAGGAACUGAUGACAAAAGCUUUCUUUUCGGUUGUGCAAUCAGAUUCACCAAUAGAGCUCGUCAUGCUCUUGUCAUCACAGGAAUGGCAGAAUGCACUUCAAGUUCAUGCAGGCCUUGCGUUUGCAAAACUGGUCAAGGAAGGCGGGCAAGUACAACGCAUCGUUGAGGCAUGGUUGCUUCAGAUUGGUCAAAGAAUACAACUACUCUGUGCCAAAGAGGAAGGCCAUUGUACAGUGAAGCAUGCUGCCUUUGAGGAACUGUGUUCUACUUGGUAUUUACAAUGUUGUGAGGACGAGACUGCAUUCAAUCACAGUCAGUUAGCACUGCAACAGAGAUAUCAGAACCAAGCCCACCAGAUCUGGAUGAAAGUCAGCGACGUUUUAAUGAACAAACAUGGUGCUUGGGGGUCACCAGAAGACAACUCACUGUCCUUUAUGCGUUUGGACACUUGGGAAGAUGACUCGAGAAGGCGAAUGAGACUAAUAAAGAACCCACAUGGUUCAACACAUGCUGAGGCUAUUGUUUAUCCUACAACUUUUGAUGAGGCUGACACGAGGUCGAUUGAGGCAGCUCGUGAAGCUCUACGUCUAAAGUUGGCACUGGCAGACAAAGAACCGGAUGUGCUUUCCAAUACAGACAGCGACGAGGCAGAAAUAGGGCCCGAAGAAAUCGACUUGGAGCAGAAGAUCACUUUUUCUGGAAAAGUAGUGCUCUCAUGUCAAUGUAGUGUCAUUGCACCAUGUGUCCAGGCACCUGGAUCUUUGACUAUCACAACGUCUGCUAUAUACUUUACAGCCGAUGAAGACAGUGAGGAAUAUCAACAUAUUGAUCCAAAGGUGUUGCUGUACACUAAUUGCUUACAUUCUGAGUGGUCUUUGACUGAAAUUAAAGGAAUACUGAUGCGUCGCUAUCUGUUUCAGUCAAAUGCUGUUGAAAUAUUUUUUGCUCGACAAGGCUCCAUUUUGUUUCUAUUUGAUGAUUCCAAAAUGGUGAAGAAAAUAGUUCGCUCUCUUCCUCGAGUUGGGGCAGGUCAUCCAUAUGGACUACCACUCACUCGAGCAACAAGCCUUGCUAGUCCCAUGCAGCUUUUUCGAAAGUCAAACAUGACUCAUCGAUGGCAACAUGGGGAGGUGUCCAACUUUGCCUACUUGAUGUUUCUCAAUACAAUAGCAGGUCGAACAUACAACGAUCUCAACCAAUAUCCAGUCUUUCCAUGGAUAUUGAACAAUUUCACAUCUCAACAACUGGAUCUCAGUGAAGAGUCAAACUAUCGAGAUCUAUCAAAGCCUAUUGGUGCUCUAAACGAACGUCGUCUGAAAUACUUUGAGGAGAGAUAUGAGAUGUGGGAUGAUGACACUAUUCCUCCAUUUUUCUAUGGAACACAUUACUCAAAUAUGGCGAUUACAUUGGGAUGGCUUAUUCGAAUGGAACCAUUUGCAACACAGUUUCUACAGUUUCAAAGUGGAAAAUUUGAUCAGCCAGGUAGGACGUUUGCAUCAGUUCCUCGUGCCUUGGACAACUGUAUGCAAGACACUUCAGAUGUAAAGGAGUUGAUUCCUGAGUUGUUCUAUCUACCAGAGAUGUUUCUAAACAAGAAUCAGUUUGUGUUUGGAGUCGACGAAGAUGGUCAUAACGUCAAUGACGUUGAGCUACCACCAUGGGCAUCUAAUGCAGAAGAAUUCAUCCACAUUCAUCGUCAAGCAUUGGAGUCAGACUAUGUUUCUGCCCAUCUCCAUGAGUGGAUCGAUCUGAUAUUUGGUUACAAGCAGAGAGGCGAUGAAGCUGUUCUUGCUAAAAAUGUAUUUUACUAUUUGACGUAUGAAGGCAGUGUUGAUCUUGAUGCAAUCGAAGAUGUUGUGACCAGAAGAGCUGUUGAGAUGCAAAUUCGUCACUUUGGACAGACACCUGCACAGCUUCUUACUCGCCCUCAUCCACGAAAACUGACGUUAGAGUUGGGUCAGACGAUGCCACGAUUGGAGUCAGACAACUUGAGAGUCUUGGCUACUAUAGCUGUGACACAUGACAUACCGAUUGCCUCUGUUCAUGCUCUAACAAGUCCUUAUGCACCGUCACCAGUGAUUACAGCGAUCAGCUGUAACCAAGCAUUUGCUGUGAACAGUUGGUCGUUAACAGCUUCGGCUGACCCUCGUAUACCACCAUCGUUGACUAUAACUCCAGAUCCGGCACUUGGAUCGGCUGUCAUGCAUCAGCGUCGUUUGGGAGAGCCACUGGAUCAAAGAGUGACGCCCAGCUCUGCCUGCUUUACUCUCACCGGUGAUCACAAGUACAUUCUUGCUUGUGGCUACUGGGACAGCAGCUACAAGUGCUUUUCAACAGACACGGGUCGAAUGGUUCAGUCUGUGUUCGGACAUCAUAAUAUCGUCACUUGUAUUUCGUACUCGCCUCAGUUUGGCUUUCCUGGAAGUUUUUCGGCUGUGACCGGCGACGGUUUGGUGGCGUCUGGAUCAUUGGAUGCCACCGUGUUGAUCUGGCAGUAUUCAGCACGAGUUCAAAGGAUUGUGGGAUAUGAUGAAGAUGAUGUGAUUGUCAAUUCUCGUGCUAUUCUAACUGGUCAUGAACAUCCGAUUAUUUGUCUAGCAGUCAGUGGCUCUCACGGUCUUGUCGUCAGUGGCUCACAAGGUGGUACAUGCUUGCUGCAUACAAUUGAUGGCGACUUGUUGUAUUCGUUGAGUUCAUCUUUGUCUCUGUCUCGUCCACAUCUAGCAGCUAUUAGCUGCAAUGGUCACGUGAUCCUCGAAUAUUCUGAUUCGAAUGGAUACUUAGUGGUGUACAGUUGUAAUGGCAUGCUACUGGCUCAUCAAGCAUUGGAAGAGCACUUACUGGCUAUGACCAUUUCUGCUGACGGAGGUUGGAUUGUAUCAGGAGGCUUUGGUAAACAGAUUGUCGUGCGACGACUUCACAAUCUCAAAGUUACAGAAACAUUUCCACCAUGCAGUAGCACCAUUCGCUCACUUGAUCUCACUCAUGAUCAAUUGUUUGUCAUUGUUGGUCUUGCCUCGGGUCAUGUCAUUGUGAUUCCUCUUGGACUGAAGAGCUUUGGUGAUGUCAGACUGUAGGUAGUGGUACUCGACUUAUUUCUAUAACAUUUAUGUACGAAACGAUAAACUUGUAUGGAUGCUUGAUACAGUCAUAUUGUCACUCCACGAAUGGAAAUUAUUAUAUGUGAAA